AUACAAAUGGUAUUAGCAUAACACUUUGUGUUUCACAAAUUGAGUUUGUAAAUGUUAUUGUCUAAUUAAGUCUAUGAACUGACCCCAUAUUCCAGUUUCGCCUGGCAGUAUUGGCCUACGUAGAGUGUUUAUACAUGGAAUAGUAUUAGAACUUGGAUUUGGUAAAUCAAGGAAUGGCUUAUACGUUUCAUUGUGAUUGCACAGGAAUGACAUGGGGGCGAUUAUACGAAAACUGUGUGGAUGUGCCUAGUACAGUAGCAUUUCUGCGAGGAAUCGGACUGCUGGCAACAGAUAUGCAAUGCUGUAAUGCUGCAUGCAAUGGCCAGCAGAUGGCAGAACGGAAACUGGCGUGUAAGGACGGCAUGACGUGGAGAUGCCUUAAUAAGGACUGCCGCCGGGUGAAAAACAUUCGGACAGGAUCGUUGUUUGAACGGAGCCAUUUAAAUCUCAAGCAGAUAAUUCUACUGGUAUACUUCUGGACAAGAAACAUGCUCAACCAGGAGCUUAUACGCCAUGAACUGGAUAUCAGGUCGAGCAGCACUAUUGUCGAUUGGAAAAACUUCAUUCGGGAAGUCUGCGAGCUCUACUUCGUUCUGAAUCCUGUUCAGUUUGAUGAGUCGGGUAAGACAAUAUAUUGACAUUGAUGUUUAUUUGAAAUUCAUGUGUUACUAUCACAAUGAGAAACAUAUGACCUCUAG